CCUUAGCAGACUCGGUUUCUCCUUUAGCAUUUAGCUAACAACUGUCGGCUUUGACAUUUCAGCUCAUGUCUGUUUCUGUAUGAAAUCUGUUGUUUGGUUCUUUAAUUCGAUGUAUUAUGUUUAUAUGAACUGAAAACAGUACAGAUAAGUACAGGGAGGCGCUGAAAGUGAGUUAGUGAGUGAAUCCGCUGGCCAUGUCGUCCUGGUUAGGGGGUUUGGGUUCGGGGCUCGGUCAGAGUCUCGGGCAGGUCGGUGGAAGUUUAUCCACUUUUACCGGACAGAUUUCCAAUUUUACUAAAGACAUUCUACUUGAAGGAACAGAAGAAGUAGGAGAUGCUACUACAGAGCUGCAUGUCUCUAAUUCAAGGCUGACGGAACUGGAGGCUGCACUCGCUGCACAGAGAGCUGAGUAUGAACGGCUGAGAAGGAUAAAUGCAGAGCUGGAGGAGAAGUUGGAGGCAUCUGAGAUCCAGGUGAAGCAGCAGUCAGUGGAGUACAGGUCUCUACUACAGCAGAAAGAGGUGGACAUCAGUCAUCUAAAAGCCCGGCAGACCAGUUUGCAGGAGGAAGUUCAGAAGCUCCGCCUGUCUUCCCAGAAUGUCCCCUCUUCCACUUCCAGUCCUGCCGUACUUCCAGUUACCACCGUCGCCACCACCACCAGUUCCUCUUCCUUUUUAUCCCAGCCUUCAGUGGCCCACCAUGGUUUCCACAGUGAUGAGGUGGAUCUAAGUGAUGUGCUGUGGUCGCAGCAGGAAAUCAACCGCCUUUCCAAUGAAGUGCAUCGUCUGGAGGCAGACGUGGGUCAUUGGAGAAGAGUAGCUCAGGCCUCUAAAGUUCCAGGAGCAGAAAAUGGAGAUCAGGGAGAAAUCCUGAAACUACAGAGAACCAUCAAAGAGCUGCGACAGAAAAUGGAGCAGGAGGUUGAUGAGCACCAGCACGAACUGGCAGCACUACAGGACGCCCAUCGUCAGAAAAUGACAGAUAUGGUUAAACGGCACAGAGACGAGCUGGGGGAGUAUGAGGAGAGGAUAGAGGAGCUGGAAGAGCAGAUUCAGAGUGGAAGUGGUUCAAUGCCUAUGACUCCAGCAUCACCACAGGAUUCCUCCAAACACGAGGAGCUGCAGGCCACCAUUCGUUCCUUUCGCAAAGAGCUUGAGCUUCAGAGUGCUAAGACUCUGGAGCUGACAGCCAAUCUGGAUGAGGCAUGCCAUCAGAGAGAGGAAUUAGAACGUGAGAAGGAGGCAUUCAAAGUAGAAAAUGGCGAACUUUUGCACAACUACAGUCGUCUCCAGAGUUCUGUUAACGAACUUCAGACUCGAGUGCAGGAGCAGGAGAGCAAAGCUUUGCUGAAAGCCCAGCAGGACAAUGAGCUCCAGGCUCUGAGAAAAGCACUUUCAGAUGCUGAGAAAGAAGUGUACAGAUUGAAGUCUCUCACUGAAGUCGAAUCUGCUGCAGAAGUUGAACAUGCUGACAUAUUGGAGCUCAACACAAUCAUUGACACCCUGAGAAAAGAGAAAGAAGAGCUGGAAAGGGAGAAGGUGGCAUUAGCAGACAAACUAAAGUUGGCGGAGAACAGAAGCGGUUCUGGUACAGUUGAGAGCUCUGAGGUUGCAGAUUUAAUGAGGCAGCUGGAUCAGAGAGCGGAGGCUCUAAAGCAAGCUCAACAUGACAUUGAGACUCUUACAACAGAGCUAGAAGAACUAGACCGGCAGAACCAAGAGGCCACACAGCAUCUCAUCUCUUUGAAAUAUCAACUUGUUGCACAAAAAUCUCAGACAGAAUCUGAGGUCACUCAUCUAAAAUCAGAACUACAUCAAGAGUUGGAGGCUCAAAAAGAGAAGCUCAGCCAGAGUGCCUUUACCCUCAACGACCUACACAUGGGAAAACAGCAACUGGAGGCCACUGUAAAGGAACUGAGAGACAAAUUAAAAAAAUCUCAAGAGCUCGGCAAAGAGGCACGCAUAGAGGCUUCGGACUUAAAAAGGCAUCUGCAGGAAAAUGAAACUCGGCUGUCUGCACUUCGUGAAGAGCUCAAUCGAGCAGGGGAGCAGGGUAAAGAAGUACAGGGUCAAAUGAAGGUUUUGGAAGAGAAGGAUAAAGAGAUCCAGGAUUUGAAAAAUGAACUAAUGGAACUACGAGUAUCUUUUGAGAAAACAUCAUCCAUAGACUUUGAGUUGAAGAUAGAGAACCGGAAGUUUAAAGAAGAAAGUCUUCAAGCUCUUGAAAGAGAGAAGAAUCUAGAAAGGCAGCUACAGGAUAGCCAGGCCUCUCUUAGUAGGUUGGUUUUGAAGAAGGACACUCGCAUUGAGGCCUUGAAGCUGGAAAAGAAUCAGAUAGAAGGAGAGCUAAGUCAAGCCGAAAGUCGACUGUCUGAUCAGGCCAAGCAGUAUCAACACACCAUUGAUGAGCUAACCAGAGCCAGAUCUAUGGAUGCCUCUGCUUUACAGAUGGAACAUGAGCGAGCGGUGAAAUUAAACCAAGAAAAAGAUCAAAAGAUUGCAGAACUAAGGCGUGAACUUGAACAGAUGGUUAGCGACCACAAAGACACAACCGAGAUGUUAGACAUCACUGUGGCUGGACAGAAGCAGCUCACUGAGCUUCUACAGGAGAAGGAUGCCUUUUCAGAAUCACUUAAAGCUCAAGCAAGUGAUGCUCAGAAGGAAUUAGAGGACAGAAUCAUCCAAGCAAGACAAGACACUGAUGCCCUAAGAAAGACAGUUGAGGAAAAAGACAAGCAACUAGGGACCAUGAAGGAAAAGAACAGUCAUCUGAAAGAGGAAAUUGACCGUCUGAAGGACCAGCAGAGCCGACCGCAGACAAUGUCUGAACCAAAGACAUUGGAUAUAAUCACAGAGCUGGAGACUGAGGUUUCACAGCUUAAGGCAUCUAGAGAUAGACUUGAGGAAGAAGCAAAGUCUUUGAGGAUGACAUUGAAUCAACAACAAGAAUCCCUUUUACAAUCACAGCAUGCUUUACUAGCACAACAAAACGAACUCGACCAAACUCGGUCAAGACACGAGCAAAGCAUGCUUAACUAUGAUAAACUAAUUGUCGCUAAGGAUGAGGAGAUUGCAAAGCUCCAGGUAGAGAUUGAAAGUUUCGGUAAUCAAAGGCAAAUUCAGCCUCAGAGGGUAGACAUCCUUCAAGAGGUGAAAAGUUCUUCUCUUAGUUCUGAGAACGGCAAUGAGAAGCACGACUUGUCGAAGGUAGAGAUCGAAAAACUUGUAAAAGGCAUCAAGGAGAAGGAGACUGAGAUCAUCCAGCUCAAUGAGAAGAACCUUUCCUUGACCAAACAGCUGGAUCAGCUUGUAGUCUCUCGUGAUGAACUCGGCAAACUUUCACAAAUGGUACGGCAGAAAGAUCUCGAAAUACAAUCACUUCACGCUCGAGUUUCAGGUGGACAUAGUCAGGAUGUUCUGUUGCUCCAUCAGCAGAUGCAAGCGUAUGCAGUGGAGCGAGAACAAGUGCUGGCUGUACUAAACGAGAAGGCACGUGAAAACAGCCAGCUGCGUACGGAAUACCAUCGUAUCAUGGACAUAGUGGCAGCCAAAGAAGCUGCUCUUCUCAAACUUCAACAGGAAAACCAGCGCCUCUCCACCAUGAGCGAUCCCUCCGGAAGUCAGGAAAUGUUCAGAGAGACUAUCCAAAACUUGUCCAAAAUCAUUCGGGAGAAGGAUAUCGAAAUUGACGCUCUUACCCAGAAAUGCCAAACCUUGAUCACAGUUCUUCAGUCGUCUGGAGAGUACACUGGCACCAGUGGCUCAGGUGGUGUGAGCAGCAACCAGUUCGAGGAACUCUUGCAGGAGCGAGACACCCUCAAGCAACAGGUGAAAAAGAUGGAUGAAUGGAAGCAGCAGGUGAUCACCACGGUCAAGAACAUGCAGCAUGAAUCUGCCCAGCUUCAAGAGGAGCUUAUUAAACUGCAGGGUAAGGUUUCUGCUGAUAGUAAUUGCAGCUCCAAACUUUCAGUCGACUACACCAGGCUCAUUCAGAGCUACGAGCAGAAGGAGAAAAGGCUAGGUUUUUUGAGUCAAGAACUUGCUCAGGUACAGCACACCAUUAGCCAGCUCAGUAGCACUAAAGAAGUCCUGCUUGGGAAGCUAGAUAGUGUCACCCAGGUUUCAGACGUUCCUCUACAAUCAGUUCAGCCUGUUGGGCAUCAUGUUGCCGUUGCACCUCCAAGUCUGCAGGGAGCAGCACCGGUAGUUCAGGACGAGAACUUGCGACAUGAGCUGGAGUCGUUACGCAGAGCGCUUGCUGAGAAAGAGAAUAUGAUAAAAACACUUCAGGAGAACAAUCAUCGAUUGUCAAAUUCAGCAGCCUUGUUAGAAAGUGAGCAAAGAGACCAUGCAGAGGAGCUCAGACUAGCACGGGAGAGGAUCGACAUGCUUCAGAGGUCUCUUCGGGAAAAGGACCUGCUGAUUCUGACCAAAGGAGACCAGCUGAACAAGGUCAGCGAGAGUUUGCGAAAUCGGGAAAACGAUAACGAGGUUCUAAAACAGGCUGUUACAAACCUGAAGGAACGUGCGCUGAUCUUCGAGCUGGAUGUGAAGAAGUUGAAAGAGGAGAAUGAAGCAGUGACUGCUAAAUCACGAGAGAAAGAGACAGAGUUUCGUGCCUUGCAGGAGACCAACAUGCAGGUAUCGCUCAUGCUACGAGAACGAGAGUUCCAGUGCAGUAGCAUAAAUGAGAAGGCUGCAGCCAUGGAGAAGUUACUGAAGGACAAAGAAGACGGUAAGAGUGGGGAGUUGAACCAGUUGCUGAAUGAGAUGAAGUCCAUGCAGGAGAAGGCAGUAGCAUUCCAGCAGGAAAGAGACCAAGUGAUGCUGGCUCUUAAACAGAAGCAGAUGGAGACGUCUGCCUUACAGAGUGAGCUGCAGCACACUCGUGAUAAAGAGCAAAGACAAAAGGUGGAGUUGGAACGGCUGCGGAAUCACCUGCUGGAAAUUGAGGAUUCAUACACACGGGAGGCACUCGCUGCCGAGGACCGAGAAAGUGAGCUCAGACGCAGGGUGGCAUUACUGGAAGAGAAACUGAUGUCAUCCACCAGUGCUGUUGAGAACGCCAGUCAGCAGGCCAGUCUGCAGGUGGAUUCUCUGCAGGAGCAGCUGAACAUGGUAAUCAGACAGAGGGAUGAGGCGCUACUACAGUUACAUGCUUCUCAGGAACAAGUCAACCAGUACGCAGUAUCCCUCUCCAACCUGCAGAUGGUGCUAGAGCAGUUCCAACAAGAGGAGAAAGCCAUUUACUCAGCAGAGCUGGAAAAGCACAAGAAAGAGAAGCAGGAGUGGAAAAGGAAAGCAGAGAGUCUGGAGGACAAAGCCUCCGCCCUGCAGUUGAACCUCGAUGAGGCAAAUGCUGCACUGGAGUCUGCAUCCCGCCUUACUGACCAGCUGGACUUGAAGGAGGAGCAGAUAGAGGAGCUAAAGAAACAAGUGGAAGCAAGGCAGCAGAUGCUGGAUGAAGCCCAGCAAAAGCUGACAGACCUUCUCAACAGCACAGAAGGCAAAGUGGACAAAGUCCUUUUAAGAAAUCUGUUUUUGGGCUAUUUCCACACCCCGAAAAGCAAACGCUCUGAAGUACUAAGACUUUUGGGUAAUGUGCUUGGAUUAGAGCCUGCAGAAGUGGAUCAGAUGUUGGAGGAGGAGGAGGGAAGGAAAGGGAUGACUGGUUGGGUCUCAGGCUGGUUAGGAGGCGGUAGAGGGGCGCAGAGUGUCCCUACCACCCCUCAAAGACCAACACACAACCAAAACCUUAAUGGGUCUUUCUCUGAGAUGUUUGUUAAGUUCCUGGAAGUCGAGUCUUGUCCUGCAGCUCCUGCACCCAAACUGCCCAUCAAUGACAUUAAGCCCCUCUCUCUACCACCCACUCAUCGCCAGAGUUCAUCCAGCGCUUCCGCAACAGGCUCAUCGAGCACCGCUAUGCGCCACAUGGACUCGAACCUGUUCCUGGCACCCCGUUCUGCGGCCGUUCCUCUGUUAAAUGCCGGUGGAGCAGGGUCUGCAGGAGGGCACCUGCUCAUGAAGCCCAUUUCGGAUGCUCUUCCCACCUUUACACCCGUGCCUGUGGCAGCUGAAGCCAGCGCCGGCGCUGUCCUCAAAGACCUGCUCAAGCAGUGAUUGGCCAACCAUGCUGCCGCACAACGCACUUUAGGUUUAGGAGACACUACACCAUCCCUGCCGGAAGGUGCUUCUGACUGAUUACUUCUUCCACUGACACACCAGAAGGGCAGAAAUCUACAUUAUUUCAUUCAAUUCUUUUGACAUUAUAGCACAUCCACAGGCAUGUUCACACGCCCAGUGGGAGCGAAAGAUCUCAUUGAAUCUCACAACUGUAUGUUUGUGUUUUUCCAGCAAUGUUCCACAAUCCAAGUUUGUCACUCACAUUCAUCUAAAACAUCAGCAAACUUUGAAGGUGUACACGUACUGACUUGCCAGCUGUAUCUUUGUUAAAAAAAGGCCCACAGCAGGACCACACCUAACAGUUCUGAAACACUGUAGACUGAAUUAAACACUCGCACUUGCGAGCUCGAUUGGCCCCUGAGCUCAAGUGUUGGAUGCAUCCUAAAAGCUAGGACUCUUCUAUUUUAAACAACUUCAAGAUUAACAUAGUCAGAUGCGAAGGUUUUCUUCCACCCCAGGUUAAACAGACAAGCAAAAGAAUAAAAGCAACACUAAGGGUUUAAAAAAAGAAAAGGAAAUGACAUUGCGUUUUCUCACAGACAUUUUGCAUUCCCUCACAAAAAAUUAUGUGGCUCAGCCGUAAAACACGCUAGCACACCAGAGCUGACAUUUCGAAAUUGUUGGUUCAAAACUCAGCUCUGCCAUGCGGCUGGGCUGGGCACCUACAUGAACAACAAUUGGCUGUUGUUCAUACAGGGUGGGAGCCGGACAGGGAACUCCUCAUAACUGAAGCAAUUACGACAUCUGCUGUCGAGGAAUAAUGUGUUGAUCAGAGUGUGGCUCUCCGUACACAAAGCUGAUCCGCAUAUAAACUUGUGCCUCGCCUCGUGCCGGUGAAAAUAUGCAGUCUGCAACUGCACACACACCUCUCAGUCAGGGCGGGGAUCAGCAACAGUAGAGAGGAAGCGUAAUGCAAUUGGGUAAUUGGAUAUGCUAAAGUCAGGAGAAAAUAUUGAAAAAAUUAAUUAAUAGUCAAUAUCAUUACUUCGAGGUGUAUACUAUAGUUAAAACAGAUCCUAACUGGAGAUUAUUUGGACAUACAUGAAAUAAAUGUGCAUUCCAGCUGCAGCGUCCUUUUGCUAAUGUUAGCUACAAUUACAGCAAGUUUCAAACAACUGCUGAAUAAACUCAAACUCAAAGCUCUAACGUAGGCAUUGUCAUUAGGCAGCUUUGGCUUUACAUAUGCUUGCUGGCUGACGAACACAUAUUGUGUGUGUGUGUGGUUGUGGGAAUGCAAAACAUUUGCGAGGGAACGCAAUAUCAUUACUUUUUUCUGUAUAAAGAAGAAGCAGUAUCCAAACUGUUGUUCCUUUUCCUUAAUGGAUAAUGUGCUCAGAAUAGGCAGAGGGGGCUUGUCAUGUUAAGAAUAGCUAGAUGUUAUCACAAGGUGUUGACCCUAUACAUUGGCUGAACUUUACCUGCAGCUUUGGUGCUGCUGUGUAAGCAGGAUUGUUUAUUAGGGGUUUGUUAUCAAUAUCAGUGCCUGCUUUUCCUUUUUCUAUGCCGGCAGUGAUUUAUAUGAUGAAAAACGGCCAAUUGGUUCCCAGAUGUCUGUGGGAUUUUAGAGUUUUUCCACAUCUGUAAAAAUGCACUCUGUUUUUUUAUAUUCACGUUUCUUUGUAGACUGCCUAUUUGGUGUGUCAGUUACUUUGAUAACUGUAAUGAACAGUAAUGGUUUGACAAGUGGACAUUAGUCUUCUGCUCCUUGUUAUAAAUAUGUACUUAAUGAGUGUAAAUCAUUUGCACUUUUUACUAUUCUGAGGGUUCACCAGUCAGAAAAAGAGCUGAAGCGUGGAUGUAUAAAUCAGUGUGAACAAUUACAGUUUAAAGCUCUUUGUGUAAAAUUAUCUGUAAAUUUUGAUUAAAACUUGAUUUAGGAGGAAGAUUGUGCCAAAUGCUUUUGCCCUCCUGUAAAAAAGAAAACUUAUUUAUGGACAUGGGGUGCAUCAGUAAUUAUCAAUCAACUUCUGUUAACUUUAAUAUGGUUGACUUUGAAAAAGGGCAAUAAUUAAUUUGAAGGUUUAUUUUUUAGGGUGGGGUGGGUAUAAGGGCUACUGUGUUACAUUUGGUUCAUGUCUGUUCUCCAGUAUUUGUAACUUUUGUCAGAAAUAAAGAUCUCUGUA